AUGGAGGUUGCAAAGGUUAGCAUGCUUAACGAUCUUAAUACAUUCUCAAACAACUAUUCGAUUAGAGUGAAGAUUGUUAGCAUUUCGAAGAAGAUGAUGAAUAAUAACAAAAAUGAAAUAUAUCGUCUUGAUAUUAUCUUCAUGGAUGAGAUGGGAACUAUGAUUCAAGCCAGCUGUUUGCAUAAGAUGCUAGGAAAAUUCAAGGAAUUUCUUCAGUUGGAUGAAUGUCUUCUUAUCACCAAACCUUCUCUUGCUACUAAUAAGUCCUCUGCUAAGUAUACCAAGAGAAAUGACAAAUAUCACUUUAUUGAUUGGAUUGGUUAUGUGGAUGUAUGUUUCAAUCUAGAGGAUACGUCAAAGAAGGAUGGGAGCAAGGGCAAGAGACUUAAUCUUAGACUUGAAGACAUUGAAGGUCAAAAGUGUCCAGUUACUUUGUGGGAUGGUUUUGCUAUUGACAUGUUUGCUUACAUGAAUGAUAAGAAACGAGAGAAAUAUGUUGUUAUCCUUUGUCAUUUUGGUAUGGUUAACCUUUACAAAGGCAAGCGUGGUGUUGCAAACGGCUUUGAGCUAAGCAGACUUUUUAUUGACACUGACAUUGAAGAGAUAUCCUCUUUUAGGAAGAGGUAUGUAGAGAAAAUUUCUGCUUCAUCUUCAUCAAAUGAUCAUGUUGGUUCAAUCGUUAUCUCAAGUGUCGAAGAUGAGUUUCUUAAUAACCCUGAUUUCAUGCUUAUUGGUUUCCUUGGAACCAUAUCAACGACAAAGAAGGUUCUGGUUGUUGGCACAAUCACAGCUAUAUGCACUGAUAAACUUUGGUAUUACAAUGGUUGUAACCACUGUAAGUCAGGUGUGGAGGAAAGAUUUGUAACGAAAGAAAAUCCGGAUGGUUUAUCUGAUGUUUAUCAUGAAAAAUCGUUGGUGUGUACAAAUGAUAAAUGUGAAGGAGUCGACAUCUAUUCUAUUCCCCGGUUCAAGAUACCUAUUAGGGUGCAAGACUCUUCCGGUACUGUGUCUUUGACACUGUUUGAUUUUGAAGCUUACAAGAUUCUUCAGAAAACUGCCAAAGAGUUAGUUUCAAUUCAAGAUCAGGUUGUUAAUUCUGGAGAGAUACCGAACCCAUAUCCUGAGAUCUUUGACACAUUGAUUGGAAAGAGGUAUGCUUUCAUCAUAAGUGUUAAAGACUAUAACAUUGAGCAUCAGGUUGAAAACUAUGGUAUUUCAAUGGCCACUAACGAUGAUGAGAUCCUUGCCGCGCUCUGCGCCAAAUUCAAUCUUAACCAGCAUGAGCAGUCCGAAUCGUUGGAUGUUCCAGAUUCCUGCAGUUUGUCUACUCCUGUUGACCUUAUGAAGGAUGAGAUGUCAUACUGCGGUGACAAUGUUACACCUGCAUCCCAAGCACUUUUAGGCACUGAGAAUCCGUCUUCUGAUGAAACAAAACGUAAUAUUCGUGAAGUGUUCGAUGUGGAUGAUGCAUUAGGUUGCUCCUCGACAAAGCGCCGCAUUAGUGAUGAACUCUCUCAGGAUGAAGAUGCUGGUGUUUCAACGCUUUUGAUUCCAAAGAUUGAGAAAUAG